AGGUAACUUUCAAACACAUCCUGUUCAUGUGGAAGGUUACAGCCUGAGCAGAACCACAGGUUGAUGUCGUUUUGGCACUUCCCUCCACGGGGUUGCCACAAUAAGGCAACCUCACAGUCACCACAGCUGUACGCACGCAGACGCUGCAAACAUUUUUACUCUGGACGGCCUUCCUGGCGGGAGAAGAACGGAAAGAGAGUCACAUCAUCCACAAAGAAGACAUGUGUCACUUGGCAGGGGCCAAUCAAGUGCAGACUUCUUCUAAGAGAGGAAAAUGCACUGAAGUUCUUUCCGUUCAUUAUCUUAUUUGAAACAUGCUGACAUCAAGUCAGUUUGUCGUCUGGGCGACAAUUUUGCUCCUGGGCACCAUGGGUCAGAAAAUUCAUCUGAAUUUAACCCCGCCUGUUCAUCAAAGCGGCAGCUUCAUAUCAGCUCCCAUUGGGGGAAAAGUGACUUUACAUUGUUUCCAUGACUCAGAACGGAUCUACUGGUACAGGCAAACCCUGGGGCAGAAACCAACGCUGAUUGCCAGCUUCUAUAUCUACGGGAGAGAAACCAUUUUUCAUGGUGAAUUCAAGAACAAUUCUCGUUUGGAUUUGGUUAAGGGAGACUGGACAAAUCAUCUGAUCAUUUCAGAUCUACGAGUUUCAGACUCUGCCACAUAUUUCUGUGGAACGAGCAACGCGCAACCACAAGGCACUGUCGUCAGCGUAAAAAGCUUCGACUCCGAUGUAAAAGUUCUGGUCCAUCAGUUGACCUCUGAGAGCCGGCAGCCAGAAGGCUCUGCAACUCUGAACUGUACACUAAAAACUGGAAACGGUGGUGGAGAACACAGAGUUUAUUGGUUUAAAAACUCUGACGGAUUCCAACCAGGAUUCUUUUACACUCAGGGAAGCAAGAAUGAUCAGAGUGAGAGAAAUUCCAACACACAAACACACACCUGCGUCCACCACCUGCCGAUGGAGAACCAGUCCGUGUCUGAUGCUGGAUCCUACCACUGUGCUAUUGCUUCCUGUGGACACGUCCUGUUUGAAAACGCAACAAUGCAGGACUUUUCACGUGAGAAAAAUCUCCUCCAGAAUGCUGUCUUUGGAACUUUAACUGGAUUUCUGACAACCCUUCUUGCUGCUUCACUGGUUUUCUUAUUGUGCAGACGAAGAAAAACAUCAGGUGAAAAUUUGCAAUGUUCUGCUGCUAUGACUGCACCGCAGGUUAAUGACCACGACAUGACAGUCCUCAAUACAACUAUAAAUGUUGAUCAGUCCAACAGAUCAAGAAGACAGAGAGAGAGCAGCAAGACUGAGUGUGUUUACUCCAAUGUUAGCCAUAGGAAGUGAGGAGCGCAUGAACUUUAUUUUGAAACUCUUUAAUGUAGUUUCAAGAACUUAUCUUACAACAAAUCUACAGGUGGACAUAUUGUUUUUUUUAUUAGCAGCCAAAUUGCUAAACCUCUCUUGAUGUAAAAAUGUUUCUGUAAAUGAACUUUUAUUUGUGUUGGAGCAUUUUGUGAUUGACACUUAGUUUUCAAAAACAAUUGGUUACUCUAAAAGGUCUUUAUGUGUGUGUUUGGGUGUGUAUGCAUGUGUGAGUUUGUUUAUUUAUGUUUUUCUUUUUUAAAUCACCUGGAUGAUGCCGUCAUGCUGUUAUGUCCUUUGGAUGCUUCUUGCAAAUGCUCCAUGCGAUGGACGUGUUGCUUAAGACCCAGAAAUCCCAGAGAGGAAAGUAGAUUUAUUUUUAAAUAUUUUAAAUAUGAAGGAUUGCAUUACCUCCGCUUGUCCAAUGUUAUAACAUUUCCCCCGUAAAGAAGUUUUGAUUGGGUUGAUUUAAACUUUACCUUUACCCAUAUAUCUUUACAUGUUAUCAGAAAUAGUCCAGAAGGUGUUUGAAGGGUUUGACAAUGUAUCUUGGCAGAUAUUAGGGUAAAGCAGGCUACAUAUUUGAUAUGGCAAUGUUUUCAUUUAGAGGAGAGGGAGGUAGUUACAAAGACAGUAAUCUUUUCAUAUUUGUAUUUGUUGAAGUCUGGAAAAAAUCAUGUUAUUUUCUCUCCAUUUCAGAAGUGUGACGCACCUUGUGUUUGCAAUACUAAAUCCCAAUAAAAUCUAUGAAAGUGUGUUGUAACUGCAAUAAAUAAUAUGAAAACCUACAUUAAUCAUUUGUUGUUCACUGGAGCCUGUAUGCACAAUCUAACUAGCGGUUUCACAGGGCCGUUGUUUGAGUGACACAGAAAGAAUGUGGCUUGAA